GCUCCUAUCUCGGCCGGACGCUGAGGUUUGUUUGGAAAGGAUCAUGAUUACCUUAACCAAAAAGCUGAAAUCCAGCAAGGGAGGAGGGAUACCAGAGCCUCCCAAGAAGAGGAUAUCCAUUAGAGAUCAACUGCUUGUUAAAGAGGUUAGUGAAAUGGAGAGCAACCUACCAGAGGGAUGUACAGUCAAGUUCGAGGACCCCAACGCCCUCCACACCUUCCGCCUCAUCGUGGCCCCACCUGAGGGGUAUUGGGCUGGGGGCGUGUUCGUUUUUAGUAUCAAUGUACCUGAAGAUUAUAAUAUAGCUCCUCCUGUUGUGAGAUGUGAAACGAAACUGUGGCAUCCAAACAUCAGUGAAGAAGGGGAGAUCUGCCUGUCGCUCCUGAGGCAGAACUCCAUCGAUGGUCUUGGAUGGGCGCCCACGCGGAGGUUAAAGGAUGUCGUGUGGGGUCUUAGUAGCCUUUUCCAAGAUCUGUUGAAUUUUGAUGAUCCUCUAAACAUCGAAGCUGCCGAACACUACCAGCGUGACAAGGACUCCUUUAGAUGGAAAGUUAGGGACUAUAUAGAGACGUAUACAAAACGAUGAAGCACACGGGGAUUUCUCUCGGCAUUAGCUUAAGUUUGUAAAUACUCUUCAACCUCUGUGCGCUUUUCCUUUCCUCUGGGGGAAAAAAAAAAGAUUGUUCUCUGAUUGACUAACAUUUUUUACCAUUAGCUGUUGUUAAGCCACGUGUACUACUAGUGCUUUAGAUUUUGAUAUCCAUUGUAUUAUCAUUGUGAUAGCCUUUUUCUCUUAUUAUGCAAAGAAAGGUUUCAUGUUUCAAAUGGAAGUGUAGGAAGGGUGUUGUAGCUUCAGUUUUAAAUAAAACCCAUGGCAUUACCAAAUCAGUAGCCCCCCUCCCCCAUAUACACACUCCCUGUUUCGCAACAAAAUAGAAUUCGGUAGAUAAGUGUACCAUUUUUCUCAUAUAAGUUUCAUUCUGAUGUUAUAUAAUUAAGAAAUUUAUAUAAAAAAAACGUAAGAAAAGAAAGUGUAGAACUCUUCCAGAAAGGCAUCCUUUCACAUGGGAAAAAGGGGAUAGAAGAACUAGGAUAUAGUGUUUUGUUUUGCAAUAUUGUUUAUUUGUAUGUAAGAAGGGGAUCGAGUAAGUGUUAUUGUUUCUGUUAAGUGUUUCCCUUUCCAAAUGGAGAAUAGCCACCAGUCUCAUGCUGCAGAAAUCAUCUUUUCUUUUCCUCAACUUUUGACACAAGAUAACAGGAAUCACAUAAGGGGUACAAGGGAAGUUAUGGACCCUAAAGGUAUCUUGAGCAAGAUCCAUGCUUAAGGCCAUUUCUCAUAAAAAAGAAAGAAAAAAGAACAUUUAUGAAUAUUACGAGUAUUCCCUCCUUGUCCUUGUCAUUCUCUGAAAUAUGUUGGCAAAUGGACCUGUAUUCUCUCUACCCCACGAUUCUCUCAGAAGUUGUUACUUUUUUUCCAGGAUAACUACUGGUAAUUACACGCAAGAAACUUUGCUGCUCUGAAGUCAAGCAUUAAAUUACAGUCACAUAUUUUUCUCUCUCUCUUUUCUCUUUUUUUCUUUCAGUCUUCUGUGCCACCUGUGUUGAGCCCUCUUAGAUUGCAGCUAUUUUUAACAGCAUACAUGUUAGCUGUACCAAACCACCUGGUGUUGGCAAGCACUUUCUGCUCACAAUUGCCCCAUUAUAUAAUGCAACAUUCCAACUGGUCUACAUAGAUGUGGAUCAUGCAACAAUAAUUGCUCAAUAAGCAAGUCUCCAUGACUCAUCUCUAAGAGAAUGUAAACCUGGUAUUUCUUGUUGAUGUCAAGUUAUUUAUUUGUAGAAGAGGGCAUAGAUGGAGGCCUGAGACCUUCUAGGUAUCAUUUUAAGCUACACUGUAAGCAGUGGGCUGUAGCAGUUCAGUGCUGGUUGUGAGAUCUAUUGGUAAGACUCAAACAACAGUUUUCAAGAUCUUAGAGUACAUUUAAUUCACACCAGUUGAUCUUGUGAAAAUGAAGUACUAGUAAAUGUACUUGUUGCAGGUCUUUCUAGUCAUGAGAUCUAACCUAGUAGAGAGACAUAUUCAAGUGUAUAGUUAAGAAAGUGUAAGGUAUAUUUGUGAUACUUAAAGAAAAGUAUAUAUAAAAAAAGGCCUUCUUUUUUAAUAGUUAGUACAUCACCCAAUAUUUUCUCUAAAGGAAAUGACUAAUUAGAUUAUUUAGAUUAUUAUAUAAUCGAUCAAGUUGGUAAGGUGAUGAUAUGGAUGUCAUGUUGUACAGUUCUAUUUCAACUGAUGCUUCAGACUAUAGAAACCAUAGUGAGAAAAAAAAGAGUAAAUACAACAAUAAUCUCAGAAUUAGGUAGGUAAUAGUGAUGCCUAAUGUGAAUGAGUAUCAUGAAAAUGACCCAACUUUCUUCCUUUUGUUAUUUCUAUACUCCUGUAAAUGCCUUUAUCAAGUCAUCAGUAAACAGUUAAAUAUGAAUUACUACUGACCUUUCAUUUUUGAGUGUGUUGCGUCAUGACAUUUAAUUAUGUAUGCAUUUGUGUUUUGCAAGUGCUUUUAAAUUUGUUUGAAUUACAAAUAUCUUGUGUCGUGGAUGGUUGUUUGGACAGCAUAUCGAUGCAAACAAGGAGGAGUUCUACCUGGCAUGUUACACCACAUGAUUGUGAUAUUAUUAGUGUAUUAUAUUUAAGCUGUUCUCCAAACUCCUUUCAGAUUUUUUUUAUUGGAUUCUCAUACUGUACAGGUUUCAGUUAAUUUUCUAUUGAAAAUUUUGUUAGAGAAGUGGAAACAUGUACUUUGAUAGACACAGAAAUGUAUGUAACAUUGUUUGAAUUGACUCUAAUGAUUAUCCUGUAACUUUUAAAUAAAAUUUAUUGAAAGGC